CGCCUCUCGCGGGCUGCGGCCGAGCGGCGCGGCAGGAUGGCAACGGCCGCCUCCGCCACCCCGGGCGCCGCGUUCGGCGCCAAGACCCCAUCCCCGGCCACGGGCCACGCGUCCGCCGCAUUCCCGAGGCCUUCUCCUCGCGCCGCCUCGGCCCACGGCAGGCUCCACGCCAACAGCCUCCACCUCGGCGGCGUGAGCGCGACGGGCAGCAGCAGCGUCGUCGGCAACGCCAGCGGUAUCCACCUGGCGGCCCCCGUGCUCGCGCCGUUGGCCGUGCCGAAGAUGUCCGGCGCCGUCGGGGCCCACAAGAGCGUCCUGCUCUUCCACUGCGAGGAGAUGCGGGAGCUCGCCGAGCAGGUCGUCGCCCGGAACGACGACAUCGAGCUGCGCUCCAUCUCCUGGAGGACAUUUGCUGAUGGGUUUCCAAAUUUAUUCAUCUCGAAUGCUCACACAAUCCGCGGGCGACAUGUUGCUUUCUUAGCAUCAUUUAGUUCGCCGAGUGUCAUAUUUGAGCAACUAUCAAUCAUAUAUGCUCUUCCAAAGUUGUUUAUUUCGUCAUUUACUCUUAUACUCCCCUUUUUCCCAACUGGGACUUCGGAGCGGAUGGAAGAUGAAGGAGAUGUUGCCACAGCCUUCACACUAGCUAGAAUUUUGUCAAAUAUACCAAUAUCAAGAGGUGGUCCUUCAAGUUUAGUGAUCUUUGAUAUUCAUGCUUUGCAAGAGAGAUUCUACUUUGGAGACUCAGUCUUGCCAUGUUUUGAGAGUGGCAUUCCCCUACUCAAAAGUAGGCUUCAGGAACUACCUGAUUCGGAUAACAUUACCAUAGCUUUUCCAGAUGAUGGUGCAUGGAAACGCUUCUAUAAGCAACUUCAACAUUUCCCAAUGGUUGUAUGCAACAAAGUUAGAGAAGGGGAACAGAGAAUUGUACGGAUAAAAGAGGGAGAUCCUAGGGGACGCCAUGUCGUUAUAGUUGAUGACUUGGUACAGUCAGGUGGUACAUUGAUAGAGUGCCAGAAAGUAUUGGCACAGCAUGGAGCAGCAAAGGUUAGUGCAUACGUGACACAUGGCAUUUUCCCCAACAAGUCAUGGGAGAAAUUUCAGCCUGAUAAUGGAGAGGGUCCGGAGCAUGGGCUGAGCCACUUUUGGAUUACUGACUCGUGCCCUCUCACUGUCAAUGCGGUCAAGGACAGGCAGCCAUUUGAAAUUCUCAGUCUGGCAGGACCUAUUGCUUCUGCUCUUCAGAUUUAGGAAACUGAUAGGUCUGCUUGGCCAACCCGGAUAUUGUUUAGUUCAUUCUUCUCACACAUUUUCAGGCUCUUGGAUUUGUUCCUCUUUCUAGAAAGGAUCUGUUGUUAAUGUUAUUGAAAACCUCAUGGAUUGGUUAAACGGCAAGGAUAUUCAUAGGAUAGUUUGCUUAAUAAUGUGACUGAAAAAAGUCACCGAGUCGAGCUAUGUUCUACAAAUAAAACUGCCCAAUAAACUUUAUGAGUUGUUCUCUUGCGUUUC